AUGGCAGGGAAUCGAGCCUCUCCCAAGUCUUACGGCACAGUCCUCGUUGUUGGAGGUUGCGGGUUCCUUGGGUCGCGCGUGGUUGAGCAGCUGCUCAACUUCCCAGCAGAGGCCCAGGACGAGUCGCAGCGGCAAUCAGGAAAAGCCAGCAGCAGCAACGGCACUGUCAAUGGCCAGCAUCAAACACCACACAGCGACGAGCUGCGCAGUCCAUCCUCCUCUAAUAUCACCAUAUUUCAGUUUCCUAGCCUGCGUUCACGAUAUCCUCCCAUCUCCUCCUCCGGCACUCAAGUUCAUGCCCUCGACCUCCGCUGCACGCAGAACCUCUUCUCCGGCUGCACGUAUCAUGAAGCCGACAUCACGAACCCGGAUGCCCUCCUCGAAGUCUUUCGCCAAGUGAAGCCCGAUGUAGUCAUCAACACGGCCUCGCCUUCAUGGGAGGCUCCCGCAGCCAUCUUGCGGAAGGUGAACAUUGAUGGAACACGGACUUUGUUAGAAGUUGCUGGCGCGAAACUCGGCGAUUGGGGUGGACACUGUAAGGUAUUUGUGCACACAAGCAGCUCGAGUGUGGUGCACGACGGCGAUUCAGACCUCAUCAAUGCCGACGAGCGAUAUCCCUAUGUAUGCCCAAACCCCCGUGAAUACUAUUCAGAAACAAAAGUCCACGCAGAAAAGCUGGCCCUCGAGGCCAACGACAAGCCAGAAUACGGCCACAUGUUGACCUGUGCCAUUCGGCCGGCUGGAAUCGUCGGCGAAGGCGACAGAGGAGGGUUCAGCGGGGGAAUACUACGAACUGCAAGCGUCGCACCGGCGUGGCAGCUACACAUUCAGCUCGGGACGGGCGACAACCUCUUUGACAACACCUACGUGCACAAUGUCGUUUAUGGACUUCUAUGCGCCACGGAUGCUCUGCUCGCCACCCACGCGCGCCGCCAGUCCGGCAAGGCGGUUGAGCUUGACCAUGAACGGGUUGCCGGCGAGGCAUUCAACGUGACCAACGAUCAGCCUGCAUAUUUCUGGGACUCGUCACGGUACCUCUAUAGUCGGUAUGGCCGGGACAUAAACAUCGACAAGAUAUGGGUGCUGCCCACUGGCCUCGCCUACGCAGUGGGCGCCGCGGCCGAGACGUUCAACUGGCUCACGGGCCGAAAAGGCAAGCUCAACCGGCAGACAGUGAAAUAUACCUGCAUCAACCGCUACUAUUCCUGCGACAAGCUGAGGCGCCGGACGGGGUACAAACCCAUAGUGCCCAUUGACGAAGGAUUUGCCCGCGCCGUCAAGUGGUACAAACUGGACGAGGAACAGACGCCCCGGGCACAGGGUCAGAAGAAGACACAAUAG